AUAAUUAAGUGAAAAUAUUGAAAAUUUUUAGUACGAAGGUUGUUUAUAAAACAGUGGUAUUAAAAUAAUUCAGUGUGCAACUAUUUUAUAAGAGAAGAUUAUUCAAUCAGCAUGGAUCCUGAAAGACAACCUUUACUUUCUCAAGGCACUGAUUUAAGAUGCAGAAGAUUUGGACCACUAACCCAAGAAGAGGUCCAAACAGCGCGCCAAGAAAUCACAUGGCGAAGAACUCGUUUCUUCCUCGUCCUUAUGUUUUGGGCCCUCAUUGCCAUGUUCCUGUCAAUAAUCACAUGUAUCUUGGUGUCGGCUCCAAGGUGCAACUCUUAUGAUGCUGCAGGGAAUCUACCAGCCGUCCCACCAGUCCAUAUGACCUUUACACCCUUGAUUUAUAGAAUGAAAGACGACAAUGUUUAUACUUUGUAGUGAGAAUUUUGAGUUUUUCAAGUAAGUCUUAUGUAUGGAAUUAAAGUAGAAUUAAUAGAUUAGGAUUAAUCAUAAUAUUGUAAUGUAAGGGUGCGUGCAUAUCUGGCGAAUGUUCUGGUCGCGAGCCGUACGCGAACUGC